AAUAACAUCUUGCUCCUAUUAUCGCACUGAUUUAAACAGCUUUUGUUGCACCGAAAAAAAAAAGUGAGAGGACCUACACGCAAUCUUGAGUUAGCAAAGUUACUAGCUGGAAAAAGACUUGACAUAAACUGGAGAAUGAAUAGGCCAGUUGGUCCAAAUACAAAGUUGUUCAAAUCAAGAUGUACUGUUCUAGUUCGUGAAGUGAAGAAUGCACCACUAAAGGUUAAAGAAUGGGCUGAUAUCAAAAUAGAGAACAAAAUAAAGAUGUUUGACCUAGUUUUGACAUACUUCAAAGUUGAAGGUCGAAAGCAUUUAGUAUGGGAUCAAAUGAAUUCUUCUUACCGGAGUUAUCGACAUCUACUAAAGAAAAGGUAUUUUGAACCUUAUGAUAACCCUGAAAUUGCUCGAGCCAAUAUACCAUUGGAAAUGGAAAAAGAGGAUUGGGAUUACCUUGUGAAUCUUUGGAUUGAUAAAGGCUAGCAGGUUUGUACUUCACAUGACAUAAUAAUUGUUAAUUGACUUAGAUUUAACUAGCCUCUUUUAUCACAUGUUAUGACAUAUUUUGUUAAUUAUUAGAAAAUAAGUCAACAAAACAAGAUGAGUCGAGCUGCAAAUAGUAUUAUCCAUACCACUGGUGCUAAGGGAGCCCAACAAAGAGCUGAAGAGGCAUUUGAGCAAACAGGACAAGAAAUUGACCAUCUUCGCUUUUGGGAGCUUACGCAUACCCGUGCUAAUGGACAAGCUUGCAAUGAAGAAACUCAAGAAAAACUUGAUUUACUUAAGGAAUUAUCAUCUCAAAUAAAUGAAGGAACAUUAGAGAUGAAUGAACAUGAGGUGAUGGUAGAAGUAUUUGGAUCUGAACGACAUGGACGAGUUCGUGGUUAUGGGGCUGGCGUGACACCUACACAGUUAUGGGGUCCUAAUUCAUUCAUAUUUUCUGAUCUCCAAACAAAGCUUUAAUGUGCAGAAAAAAUAUGAAGACUCUAAAAUAGAGGUGAAAGAUUUGAAGAAAAAGGUAGAUCAUAUAGCAAGAAUACUUGAGCAACUAUUGGAUGGAAGGUUGCCUAUAGUUCAAAGUGAUAACAAUCCUACUUCACUUGAUUAAUGCUCAAGACUUUGAUGAGUUUAUGUGUGAUUCAUAUAGCACUAUACAAAAAAGAACAUUAAUAUGAUAUUAUGAUAUUGAGUA